UUGUUGAAAAUUUUUUUUUUUUUGCAUCAAUAAUCUUGAUCAGGUUUUCUAAUAUCAACAUAUUAGAAUCCUGAUCAUAAUUGAAAACGGUCAAAAUUUGGUUCUACGAGAAUUUAUUUGGGCCAUAUUUGCUUCUAAAGCAAAGAAAUAACAUGGCUUUAGAUGUAUCAUCAAGAAAUUCAUCAUUAUCUACAUCAGAAUCAUCAUUUAAUCAUCAUCAUUCAUCAUUUCAAUCAUUGAUGGCCGCUGCAACAGCAACAACAACAAUGGCCACCAAUAACCCGAUCAAUAGUGGUUCGAUUGAACAUUUACUAAGUAAUUAUUCAUCACAGGUCCAUAACCACCACCACCACCACCACAACAACAACAAUCAACAACAGCAAUCACAACAGUCAACAAUAACAACAGCAACAACUAAGUCAACGAUGGAGGACGCAACUUUAUUUUUAAGGGCAGCUGCUGCAGCUGCAGCCGCUGCCGCGGCAGUGUCCACCUCUGAAAACGCGGUCUCACCUUGUCCAACAACAACAAGUUCCUUGCCAGAAUCACCAAAGUCAUCAACAACACCAAUAUCACCUUCGUCACUUGUUCAACAGACAUUGAACGAAUCAGACGAUAAUAAUAUUGUUGUCAACACAGCAAUCACAAUGGGACGACCAGGAUCGAUUUCACCACCACAACCAUUAGCAUUGACUGGCCAUCAUAAUCGAAAUAAUCAGCAAAAUUUUUUCCAAAAUCAAUGCCAUAAUAAUUCUCAUCAUCAGAUACGAGUGAAAAGUCCAAAAAGUCCACCAACGGCUCAUCAAGGAUCAUCACCAUUGGAAAAAUUACAAAGCCUUAGUCCGAAUACUAUAAAUCUUUCAUCUUCAACAUCAUCAUCAUCAUCAUUAUUAACAACAACAGCAUCGGCUACAUCACAAACAGUAGCCGCUGUACAGGCAGCUGUUGCUGCUGCUGCAGCAGCAAAUUCCAUUGUUGAACAGACAACACGUGCAUUGAAAUUCUCUAUCGAUAAUAUUCUAUCACCAGAAUUUGGCCUAAAUAAAAAUGAUUUAACAAGCCGUAGCCUAUUCUAUGCUUAUUAUCAACAAUUUCAAGAAAAAUAUUCCUGUUUUAAUUUAGUCAAAUCAUCAAAUAAUAAUAGCAAUAAUCAUCUGAAUCAACAACAACAGCAACAGCAACGAUUAAAUAUUAGUGGCCAUUUUCAUCAUCAUAACAACAAUAACAAUCAUCGUAAUAAUAAUAAAAAUAAUAAACAUUCAUCAUUCGAUAUAAACGCAUUGGUUUCAACGAAUGAAAGAAAAACAAAAAAACGUAAACGUUCCGAUUCUGAAUGUUCAUCAAUUAGUUCAUUAAGCAAUACAUCAACCAAAGAAUUAUCAUCAUCAUCACAAAGUAUUAAUACAAACACCAAUAAUAUUGUUGAUCAUCAUCAUAAUAAUAGUAGUAAAGAUUCAUCGACAACAACAACAGCGACAUCGAAUGAAUCAAAUGAACAAUCUGGUAAAGAAGUAACAUUGGAAGAAAAAGCAAAACAACCGGUUCUAUGGCCAGCAUGGGUUUAUUGUACCAGAUAUUCUGAUCGACCAUCAUCAGGUCCAAGAUCUCGAAAACUAAAGAAAAAAGAGAAAAAAGUUGAUGAAAAAAGGCCCAGAACAGCAUUCACUGCAGAACAAUUGGCAAGAUUAAAACAAGAAUUUAUUGAUAACAAAUAUUUAACGGAAAAACGACGUCAAGAUUUGGCACGUGAAUUAAAAUUAAAUGAAUCACAAAUAAAAAUUUGGUUCCAAAAUAAACGGGCUAAAAUAAAAAAAUCUAGCCCUAGUCGUGGACCAUUAGCAUUACAUUUGAUGGCACAAGGCCUAUACAAUCAUAGUACAAUGGCCAUUGAUAGUGAUGAUGAAAUUGAUGAAAAUUAUAAAACAGCUUCAUCGCCUGGCCUAUCGGAAUCAAGUAAAACAAGCUAAAUUCAAUCAAUUAAUCAAUCAAUUUGAUUGAUUAAUCAUCAAUAAUAAUUUCAAUUAUAUAACAUGCCGACACAAUCCAAUUCUUUUUAGUUUGUAAAUAUUAUCAACAACAACAACAACAACAACAACAAUACACACUGAAACAACAAAUCUUUGAUCAAUUUUAAAUGGCC